AUGGCUUCCACACCUCUUUCUCUCAUUCUCUUAACCCUCAUCAACCUGCAACUCCUCCUCCUCCUUUCACCUCAAACCCAAGCCCAAACCCCCUCGGCCCCGGCGCCAUCUCCCUCCGGCCCCAUCAACGUCACUGGAAUCCUCGACAAAAACGGGCAAUACACCACCCUCAUUCGCCUCCUCAAUGAGACCCAAGUGGGCAACCAAAUCGUGAGCCAGCUCAACAGCUCCACUGAGGGCAUGAGCCUCUUUGCCCCCACCGACAAUGCCUUCAACAACCUCGCAUCCGGAGCUUUAAACGGCCUAAACGACCAACAAAAAGUCCAGCUUGUUCAGUACCACGUCACCCCUAAAUACUACUCUGUUUCCGAUCUCCUAACGGUCUCCAACCCCGUCCGCACUCAAGCCUCCGGCGCAACCGGCGUCUGGGGCCUUAACUUCACUGGCAAGGGCAACCAAGUCAAUGUCUCAACGGGGCUCGUUGUCACACAAAUCAACAACCUGUUAAGACAACAAUUUCCUUUCGCGGUUUACCAGGUAGACCAGGUGCUGUUGCCGGAGGAAUUGUUCGGAGCUAAACCUCCCGCUUCAGCACCGGCGCCGGCAAAAACCCCAUCAGGCAGCCCGAACACCAAGACAAACAGCACCGCCGGCGGGGCACUGGCGCCUACGGGUGCGGGUGGGAGGAAUCUGGUGGGUUGGGGUUUGGCUCUUGUGCUUGGGUUAGCGUGCAUGGCAGCUCUCUCUUAAGCAAGA